AUGGCGGGCAAAUACACUUGUGUCAGUCGUAUCAAAAAGGAAUAUGUUUUUUAAAGGUGGCAAAAGGAAAGCUAAUGCUAGCAUAGAGAUUAUCGAUGCAAGGACUAAAAAAAGACAUAUGUUAACCUUUCAUCCCCAAUUUCCUUGCAAAAUGUCCAGUCAGAAGGCACAAAAAGCGGAAUAACAGAGCUUUAUGAUAUAAAUACAGAAGGAAUUAGCGAAGCGAACAUCGGCGAUCAAACUUUAAUUUUUGAGGAUUCCUCUGGCUCCGAAUACGAUAAUGACUUGGAGGAUAAAGGAGUACAGCGAACGUACAAGAAACGCCGGGAAAGACUGUCUUCAAACUGGGAGAAAAUCAGGUUAAAAUUAUUAAAAACAUCAUUGGCACUCGAGGGUCUUCUGCCAUCAACGUGCAGUGAGGCAACAUGCCAAGAAUCAGCAGCAACACGUUGCCGAGAUUGUAGAUUUGCAACAUAUUAUUGCAGAAAAUGCUGCGAUAAAAUUCAUAGGGACAAACUGCAGUUUCAUGGCUGCCAAAUACUUAAAGUAAGUGCAAUAUGAAUAUAAAUUAAGGCCUAUUAAACACACUAUAAGGACAAUUAAACACAUUAUUUGAUACACAUACAGUAACGUAUAAUAUUAAACUGUCAUAGGAUAGUACCAAACAUAUGUAUGCCCAUGUAAUUUGUUGUUAACCCAUUGAUGGGUAAUUUGGUCUCCCUAUGAAUUAGGAAAAUAGCAUCUUCGAGCAUGACAAGCAGUUAAUAAAUGUGUUUACAAUUCAGAUCUGCAGCUAUAUUACUGUACAUUGAAUUUGGUACUAACUCUAAAUUGAUGGUAGUUUGGUAUGUUAUGGUACACAAAUGCAAAAAUCCCCCCUUGGUUAGUGAGAAUUGUCUGAUGUUAGAAACAAGAAAAUAAUAAAACAUGCACUUUGCAUUGGUAUUUAACCCAAUGAGUCGCAUUGUGCCCUAAUGCGCCCUACUUUAUUACUUCACUCUGGCUCACGCCAGACAAUUUUACUCAUCAAUAGGAGACAGCUGGCACUUAAUAGGUUAACUGGCCUAUCUAUCCAUCUAUCCAUGUGUCUAGUUAACCCAUUGAGUCGCAAUGUGCCCUGAUAUGCCCUAUUUAAUAUUUCUCUGUCUAACACCAGAUAAUUUUACUCAUCAAGGGGAGAGACUGACACUUAAAGUUAAUUAGUUAAAGCAUUCAUUCUGUAGUAAAAGGGCAUUGCUACUUUACCAGCUACAGUAUGACCAAAGUGUGAAUGUCACAAUAUCUGCUACAAUUAUAUCAGAGAUGGAUACAGCUUGAUCUGGUGCCGAGUUGUGUCAGUUAUGUGUGCUGCCCACCCAUCAACUUGCUUAACUGCUGCAUAGUUGUACUUGACUACACAGUUUGCUUAUCAAAUUAUUAUAUCUCAUUUUAUCUCUAACAUUUUUUUGCUUUAUCAUGAAUAAUAAUAUAGAUGAAAAAAUUUCUUGAUGUUUAUUGGCUAAGAGGAGUGCAAUUACAGUAUUUGUAAUUGCACUGGUCGGAAAAAAUCAACAUGGCGGGAAAAUAUUGAUAUUUUAAAUUUUCAUUUUUGCCCACUUUUUGCACAUUUUGUUUUGAAAAUUGUUGGGAAAUAUAUAAUUGAGAAUGCAACAAGCACAUAGACUGAAAAAGUUUGUUCACAAGCGACAAAGACAAUGCUUAAGUAGUGAAGGUAACUAAUGCAGGAGUCAUCGAGGGGAAAUGUUUUCAUCUAUAUUACUAAUAAGUAAUAGCAUGGUUUGUCAUGCAAUUUGGAAAAACAUACACUUGUGAGUUUUUUAAAGCCAUCAAAUUGCACGUCUCGUCCUUCGGACUCGUGCAAUUUUGAUAGUUUUUAAAAAACUCACUUGUGCAUGUUUUUUCCAAAUUGCACGCCAAACCAUGCUACUACCUAUACAAAUAGCACCCCCCCCCCCUGCAGCCCUUCUAGGGGUAUGCCAUGCCUAGGGGGCGCACACCCUAACUAAAUCUAUCCCUGCAAUUAUUUUACUUUCUAAAGGCCUGUUUACACCUCUUGUAAUUUUUGCUGUGAUUCUACAUGCAAUUUUUCUGAUGAAUGUAAACAAGUGGAUGAGUUAUAUGAAUGUUCAGAUGAGGACUGAUGAUGUUAUAAAUAUACUCGAUACAUUCACAAUUCAUCUACUCAUUCACAUGCAUGGCAGAAGAAGAAAUUUUGCAUGGGCCUUUACUCAUAAUAAUACAGUAUGCUUCUCAAUUACUGCAUUAAAAUUGGUCUAUAAGUAGCAAUGUACCACAAUGCACCCUCUUUUCUUGUUUUAACCUCUCCAACAUAAAUGUAGUUUUGCUUGUAAGUGGGAGAAACUUGUGCAUUAUUUUAAUGGUUCUGACCUCUAGAACACAUUCACAUCCCCCCCCCACAAGGAAAAUUUCUGUUGUCUGGGUGAGAAGGGAAGAAAUAUUUGUUUCCUGUACUGUAGGUGGCCUAGCUACCAGUUCCAAUUCUCUAUAGAAGCUUAUUGGCAUCUAUAGGGCUCAAUAGACUUUAGGCAUCCUUAUAGAUCACCAUAUUAAAAAUUGUUCCAAUUGCCCAUAAAAACCUAAAGGUUCCCUAUAGGAACCCAUGCCAUAGAUUGGCCUAUUGCCCAGGCCUACCUAACUACCUACCUUGUAAGGGAAGUGUAUUGGUACAUCUGAAGAGUGUAGGAUGUUUAACUUCCAAUUUCCUCUGUGUAUUGGAGGCAUGGAUGACAGUUUACAGGGAUGAUUCAAUGGGUUUAUCGGUUGGUUUGCAUACUUGAAGUGCUAUAUUAAUUUCAUGUAUUAUUUCUGCAUGCAAUUAAAUUUUAGUUUCACAUAAUGCAAGAUAUUCAAUCUAUGUUUUGUUUAAAUUUUAAGGAAGGAUGCUGGGAAGACUACAAUGUUCCUGAAAGAGUUCUGUGUAAUGUGAGGCACAAUUGCGGUGGAACGUAUCUGCGACCAAUUACAGUUGUUGAUUUAAGUGGUACAGUAUUCCUUCAUGAUUAUACAAAAUUAAUGGAACAAAAUUUUUUGUCAGUCACACAUUGUAGGCUAUUCAAAGCCUAAGUGAUGUGACCAGUGAGCCCCCCCCUCCCCCCCCCAAUAAUUUUGAAAGACUGUAAAAGUCUUGUACCAAAUAACACAAAUCACACUCAUAUAACGUAAUUGUUAUCAUAAUAUAUGUUUCUAUACUGUACAUGUCACAACAUACGCAUUUUAUACACUCUUUUUGAUGGAUACUAGGGGGUAAAUAUUUUCUCUGAAAUGUUGGUUUUCUAUGCUUAGCAUGUGAUUUAUAACAAAAUGCACCAUUAAAACAGUGUUUUGAAAACCUAGUUUUUUACAAAAUGUGUUCUCAGAAUACCGCAAAUGCCAUUUCCGGGAUUCAAAUUUUAAAAUUUCCCAGUGCCUUUGGCACGAUCCCCCCCCCCUCCAAUAUUUUGUAAAGUGUUCGCCACUGGAUGUGACUCAUUGUGUAGCAAAAAUUAAAAUACGACAUGUACGUACAUUCUGUAUGCUGUAUGAUCAUGCAGUCAUUCUGUAAGUACUAGCUGUACAUGAUACAUGCACUAUUUGAGAAAUACUAACUACUGGUACAGGGUAUGUCAGAUUUUUAUACAGUAUUUGUAGUAAUUUUGUACCCUUGGCAGGGAGAGAAUUUUCCUGGUCACUACACGUACUGAAAUCCUACAUAUUUUUUCUGCAAGCAUUUUCUGUACCUUAGUGUAAUUUCUGCGAGUAUGUACCUUAGUGUAACAUAAUUUGUAGACUACACAUAAUUUUUGGUACCAGUCUGUACUGUAGUUCAAAGCAGUUCACUGAGUUUAGCUAGAUUUAUUGCUUUAAGUCCUCACAAAGACAUGCUACAGUAUAUCGGUACCUUUGCUUUCAAAUUUCAUAUAAUAAUUGGUCUUUACUUGUAGGUUUUUAUCAUGAAAUCGUCUUUGAGUAUUGCAAUUGUUAUACAGUACCAGAAAGUUUGCUCCAAUGUGGUGUUUGGCCUGCAACUCCAGUUGAGCCUAGUGUGGCAUUUACAUUAGAUUUAAUGGAAAUGACUUUGCGGCUGAUGAUGGAAUGUCAAGUCUCCAUCCAUGACAUGCUGAAAGCUUUGGACUUUUUCAAAAAUCCACUUCUAAAGGUGAGGGAAGAAGAUCUACAAUACAAAAAUAUGUCCUUGGAUAUGUUCAAAAUGUAUAGGUUGGGAACUCGGUUUAUUGUUAUAUAAAAUCAAUUUCAAGUGAUUUUAAUUUGUUUCAUUUUGAAUUUUGCUAUUGGAUUUAUAUUCAUUUUGAAAACCACUGUAGUAGUAGUGUAAAAACCACUAAAGUAUUAAUUGUCCUGUUUGUAUUUCUAAUUUGUAGUCAAAGAAGAUCUAUGAUCAAUUUAUUGACAGCUUUGAAGAAUACAG